AUGGCACGCAUCUGUCGUGUUCUUCUCAACCCCCAAAGGGUGCCGCUGCCACAUCGCCACCGUGACAUUUGCGAGGCGCUUCUGGAUCCUAUCGUGUCUCCAGAAGUGCUGCUUCGUGACUCAGCGGAGAGCGUGCAGAAGUUAUUUCAGUGCCUGGCCGUGUGCACCCAUCCCGACAAGAACCCCAACCCGAGCGCCAACGAAGCCUUUCUUAGGCUAACGGUGAUGAAGGACAAGGCGCUGGCACUGCUGCGCGAUGGUGCGGUGCGAAAAUGCGAUGGAGCAGCCGAGGUCCCACCUGGUAAAGCUUCAACCUCGAAUGGGCGCAGGGGAAAGACCAAUAUGCCGCGCUUCGGCCCUGCCAUACCGACCGUAGCUCACAGACGGCAGCGGAAGCCAGGGGCCGCUGUACCAGCAGCCUCCACCGCAGCUACUUCGGACAUCACCGCUGCUGCGGUCUUCACCAACAUUGCUCAACUGCGAAGUACAAGAAUUACGCUGAACGCGCUGAAGCGGAAGAACAUCGCGGACGAUUUUGAAAUCUUCAGCUCCACGCAGCGCUCCACCGCAGUGCAGUCGGAGGUGAGUCUCAGUGGCGUGGAUGAAGCUCACCUCGCCGCCACAGUGCCGGUGAUACCCACGAAGGAGGGAACGCAGUGUGCGAAUCGUCAGCGACUGCCGUCCAGCGCUCCGCAGAAGGUAGCAACUGUACCUCGUACGGCGUCCCCCAACUCGAACCCAUUCCUGUUCAGCAGCGUCUAUGACGUGAUGCCGGUGUCCUCGCAUACGCCGCCGCUUCAAUCGCCUCUAGGGAUUGAAAGUCACACCAUGAGCGUCAAGGGUGGCGGUGACAGUGCUCUCGAUGCCUCAGCCCUCCACUCACCAUCCGUCCCCACUGAUGCCGUCGCCACUGACAGUGAUGCGAUUCGGCGGCAGAUUGAUGAAGCGUGCGUUCGCCUGCGAGAGAUGCGACUGCGGCACACGAAGGUGCGUCUCGAUCUUGACCUUAGCUUUGAAGCAUAUGAGCGCAGCAAGCAGUCACAGUGA